GCAGCCGGGAUCGGGCACCCGGGGGCGGGCGGGCACGGUAGGGCCAUGGCUGAGGGUGAAGAUCUGCAGACUUUCACUUCCAUCAUGGACGCACUAGUCCGCAUCAGUACGAGCAUGAAGAACAUGGAGAAGGAACUGCUGUGCCCAGUGUGUCAAGAGAUGUACAAGCAGCCGUUGGUGCUGCCCUGUACCCACAACGUGUGCCAGGCUUGUGCCCGGGAGGUGUUGGGCCAACAGGGCUACAUAGGCCAUGGUGGGGACCCCAGCUCUGAGCCUACAUCUCCUGCCUCCACCCCAUCCACUCGCAGUCCCCGCCUGGGCCGCAGAACUCUCCCCAAGCCAGACCGUUUGGACCGGCUGCUUAAGUCAGGCUUUGGGACAUACCCUGGGCGGAAGCGAGGUGCUUUGCACUCCCAGGUGAUCAUGUUCCCGUGCCCAGCCUGCCAGGGCGACGUGGAGCUGGGGGAGCGGGGCCUAGCUGGGCUUUUCCGGAAUCUGACCCUGGAGCGGGUGGUGGAGCGGUACCGCCAGAGCGUGAGUGUGGGGGGCGCCAUCCUGUGCCAGCUGUGCAAGCCCCCACCACUCGAGGCCACCAAGGGCUGCACGGAGUGUCGCGCCACCUUCUGCAACGAGUGCUUCAAGCUCUUCCACCCCUGGGGCACCCAGAAGGCCCAGCACGAGCCCACCCUACCCACUCUCUCCUUCCGCCCCAAGGGCUUGAUGUGCCCAGACCACAAGGAAGAGGUGACCCAUUACUGCAAGACGUGUCAACGGCUGGUAUGCCAACUCUGCCGGGUGCGGCGCACCCACAGUGGGCACAAGAUCACACCAGUGCUCAGCGCCUACCAAGCCCUCAAGGACAAGCUGACAAAGAGCCUGACAUACAUCCUGGGAAACCAGGACACAGUGCAGACCCAGAUCUGCGAGCUGGAGGAGACUGUGAGGCACACCGAGGUGAGUGGUCAGCAGGCGAAGGAGGAAGUGUCCCAGCUGGUGCGGGGGCUGGGGGCUGUGCUGGAGGAGAAGCGGGCAUCGCUGCUCCAGGCCAUUGAAGAAUGCCAGCAGGAGCGACUGGCCCGCCUCAGCGCCCAGAUCCAGGAGCACCGGAGCCUGCUGGAUGGCUCGGGUCUGGUGGGCUAUGCCCAGGAGGUUCUUAAGGAAACAGACCAGCCUUGCUUUGUGCAAGCGGCCAAGCAACUGCACAACAGGAUCGCCCGAGCCACCGAGGCCCUCCAGACGUUCCGGCCAGCGGCCAGCUCCUCCUUCCGCCAUUGCCAGCUGGACGUGGGGCGUGAGAUGAAGCUGCUGACAGAGCUUAACUUCCUGAGAGUGCCCGAGGCGCCCGUCAUCGACACCCAGCGCACCUUUGCCUACGACCAGAUCUUCCUGUGCUGGCGGCUGCCUCCCCACUCGCCGCCUCCCGGGCACUACACCGUGGAGUUCCGCCGCACAGAUGUGCCCGCCCAGCCGGGGCCCACCCGCUGGCAGCGCCGGGAGGAGGUGAGGGGCACGAGCGCCCUGCUGGAGAACCCCGACACAGGCUCCGUGUACGUGCUGCGUGUCCGUGGCUGCAACAAGGCCGGCUACGGCGAGUACAGUGAGGACGUGCACCUGCACACGCCCCCAGCACCUGUCCUGCACUUCUUCCUCGAUGGCCGUUGGGGUGCGAGCCGAGAGCGGCUGGCCAUCAGCAAGGACCAGCGAGCAGUGCGGAGCGUUCCAGGGCUGCCCCUGCUGCUGGCUGCUGACCGGCUGCUGACAGGCUGCCACCUGAGCGUGGACGUGGUCCUGGGCGAUGUGGCUGUGACCCAGGGCCGCAGCUACUGGGCCUGCGCUGUAGACCCAGCCUCCUAUUUGGUCAAGGUGGGCGUCGGGCUGGAGAGCAAGCUUCAGGAAAGCUUCCAGGGUGCCCCGGAUGUGAUCAGCCCCAGGUACGACCCGGACAGUGGACACGACAGCGGCGCGGAGGAUGCCACCGUGGAGGCGUCGCCACCCUUCGCCUUCCUGACCAUUGGCAUGGGCAAGAUCCUGCUGGGGUCCGGGCCGAGCGCGAGUGCGGGGCUGACCGGCCGGGACGGCCCGGCUGCCAACUGCACUGUGCCACUGCCGCCCCGCCUCGGCGUCUGCCUGGACUACGAGCGCGGCCGGGUGUCCUUCCUGGACGCCGUGUCCUUCCGCGGGCUCCUCGAGUGCCCCCUGGACUGCUCGGGGCCCGUGUGCCCCGCCUUCUGCUUCAUUGGCGGUGGUGCAGUGCAGCUCCAGGAGCCCGUGGGCACCAAGCCUGAGAGGAAGGUCACCAUUGGGGGCUUCGCCAAGCUGGACUGACCCUUCUAAGGCCCUCCUCCGACUUAGGGUCCUCCUGGGCCUGUCCCCCCAGCCUCCUGGCACCAGGUGGCUUCCCCAGCUGCUUCUUCCCAAGACCUUCUCCCAUGUGCUCCUGUGUCUCUGUCUUCUGGGGCUUUCUCUUGACCAAGGGCCUUUCUCUGUGUCCCCAUCCUCUCCAUCACCUGUUAGCCCAGGCCCCUCCCCAAGUCCCUGCCCCAACUCUGCCCUAGCAUCUUGCCUGAGUCAUGGAGAGAGCCCCUCCCCACCCCUGUCCCGUGUCCCCCAGGCUGAUGGGAGGGAGAGCAUUUGGACUCCGGCGACCCCCAGCUCUGCCCGGCCGGCCGCCAGCUCCCCACCUGCCCCAUCCAUGCUACUCCACAGCCCUAGGGCAGGAAGGCUUUUAGGCCAGUCUCUGCCCAGGCACUCCCUGGAGAUGGGGAGGGGACCCUAUCUUCCUGCUUUAUUUAUUGGGGUCCCCAAACCUCCCAGCCGCAUGCCCCCUAUGUCCCUCUUCUCCCUCUUGCAUGCUUUACCUGUCCUGCACCCAUCCAACGUGCCAAGUCACCCUUGGGGACCCAGCUGAGGCUGGGAGUCCCGCACUGGGUUGGGCCAGGCUAGGUCUCUGGUGUCCCCCACUUCUGCCUACGGUGGGCACUGCCAGGCCUGUGCCCAGCAACAGCUGUUAUUUUCAUGGUUUAUAAACAAUAAACUGUGAUGUCAGGCACA